AAUAAAUAAAAAUUAAAAAAAAAAGAUAUAAAAAAAAAAUAGAAAAAUGUCUUUCACACACACAAAUCUUGCUUAAGCUGAAACCCAUUUAGCUGCUCACUAGCAUCUAUCUGGAACUGAUAAACCUAGUAAAUUAGAUGCUGAUUUAUUCAACUAAUUAAAAGAAAAUAAAGUUUAUUUAGACCCAAACACUCAUCCUAAUUUAUACGCCUGGUAUGGUUGGAUUAGUUUAUUCAGUCCUGAAGUAAAGAAAUCAUGGGAAUCUUCAACAUAAAAAGUAGUAGCUUCUAAAGCCCCUGCUGCUAAAAAAGAUGAUGAUAUUGAUCUUUUUGGUGAUGAUGAUGAAAAUGAAGAUGAUAAAGCUGCAGCUGAAGCAUUAGCUAAAAAGUAAAAGGAAAUAGCUGAAAAAGCCAAGGCUAAAAAAAAAGUUAUUGCAAAAACCAUCAUUGUUUUUGAUGUUAAGGUUUAUGAAGAAAGUGAAGACUUAGAUGCUCUUGCUAAAAAAAUUUUCGACACAAUUAAUCCUGAUGGAUUAGUUUGGAAUAAAGAUUAUAAAACACCUGUUAUUGCUUAUACCAUGAGAAAGCUCUAAAUUGGUUGUGUUGUUGAAGAUGAUAAAGUAUAAACUGAUGAUAUUUUUGAUAAAAUUUUAGAAUGGGAAGAUGUUGUUUAAUCUGUUGAUAUUGCAUCAAUGUAAAAAGUCUGAUAACAAUAUUUCUUUAAAAUAUAAAAAAAUAUAAUUUUUUGUUUUUUUUUAUUUGUUUUGCUUUUUUUUAAUUUAGUAUUAAAGUUGAAUAAAAUC